GGAGCAUGUUUCUGCCAAGCACCGUGACGGAUUAGCUACCGCAUCUGUUGUCAGAGACUGAUGUAGGAAUUCCAAUCCUGAGUUUGGUGCUUUGAAGGUCUGAUUUAGAAGAGGCCACUGUUGCAAAUGGUGGGUGCUUCAAGGACUUUGACGGGCAACUGCAAUUUUUUCUCUGUGAAGUUCUCCCCAAGUGGUCAGGAAGUCAUUGGAGGGACAGGAGGAAAGGAUGACAACAGCUUGUACAUAUAUGAUAUUGAAACGAAGGCGCAGGUGGUUGUGGUGGAAGAAUCACACAGCAAUGAUGUAAACAGUGUAAGCUAUGGUGACGACACACCACACAUAAUUUACUCAGGUGGUGAUGAUUCGCUUGUAAAGGUUUGGGAUAGAAGGACUCUGAGUAGCAACAGCAACAGUCCCGUGCGAGUUUUCCAUGGCCACAUAUAUGGCGUUACGCAUGUCAGCUCCAAGGGAGAUGGGCGCUACUUGCUCUCAAAUUCAAAAGAUCAAUCCAUCAAGCUGUGGGAUAUGCGGCAGAAGAUGCCUGAAAGCACAGCUCUGCAGGUCAGGAGAGGAUUGCAGUCCUGCUGGGAUUACAGAUGGGAGGUUCCAUGUCCGAGAAUAGCGAGAGCAGGUCCAGAUUUUUCAAUCAUGACGUACAAAGGGCACAGAGUGCUUCAGACUCUCAUCCGGGCCUAUUUUUCGCCUAUUGCCACCACUGCGCAAUCCUUCAUUUACAGUGGAUCAACUGAUGGAUUUGUUUACGUAGACACCCGGGGUGGUGCCUCCACCAAGCCAUAUACGAAGGAGGAGGAGGCGAAGAUGGCCGCCAUUCUGCAGGAGAGGCAGGAGAAGAAGGAGGCCAUGAAGAAGGCCUUGAAAGAGGAACAGACGGCCAAAUUAAAGAAGAUGGAAAAAGAGAUGGCCAGGGAGAAAGAGAGGUUGAAAAAGGAAGAAGAAGAGAAGCUGAAGGAGGUGGAUGAAGAAGAGGAAGGUCCGCCACUGCAAAAGAAUAGUGGACAGCACAGUGGCAGCAAUGGUGGGGACCUGGAGAAGAAGAUUUCGGAGUGGGUCGCCAACUUGUCCCUGGGCGAGGAAGAAGAGGUGAUGAUGUAUAUCCCCAAGGAUGACCAGGAAGCUGCCCUGAAGAAAUGGGAAGCAGAAAAGGAUGUAGAGAUCCUUGCCCAGAGCGUCGAGCGGUUAACAAAGAUACAAGAGCAGCAGUACGAAUUUAGUCGAAGCCAGGACAUAGUUGUGCGCUCGAUGCGAAUGGGAUUUCGGGACUUUGCACGUGAACUGAUAGGGGCCGUAGGGGCCGAGGUGAAUCAUCGCCUCGAGAAGACAGAGCGCUUUUGCGUUGGCGCCAUUGAAGGCGUCAAAGUGGCAGCCCCCAAGGAGGAGAAACCACGCCCGCCGCGUAGAGAGCCGGUCAAGGUCAAAUUCCCUGAUUCCUAUAGUGGGAAAAGGGAAGAGAACUUUGACAACUGGGAAGCCAACGUUAAGACCUAUGUGCAUCUGCAACAGGUCUCCCCAGACCAGCAUGUCCUGAUCGCGAUCCACGCGCUUAAAGAUGAGGCCGCCAGUUUUGCAAGGUCCCUAGUGCGCGCCGCUAACUGCAAUGACGAUCCAGUUGCCUAUUCGUCAUUCACCUCCCUCGCUGAGUUCAUGAAAUUGUUGCGCGAGCGAUUUGCUGAUGUYGCUCGAAGUGUCAAAGCCUCAGACAAGCUUCAGACGRUCYAUGCCYGYAAGUGGAAGAGUGCCAGGGCACUCAAGAGCACAAUGGACGAACUAGUAGCUGUCCCUGACCACGGGGUUACAGACACCCAGUUGGUUGCUCUCUUCUAUAGAGCGAUGCCCGAAGCUUUUCGCGGGCACUUCUUCGCGAAGAGCGAAGACCCUGCCACCACUUACGAUUCCCUUAGUCGUGAGGUGGUGGCUUUCGAGGCCAAGUCUAUGUCAGUUUCCACCUUCUGGCACAAGGACUUGGACAAGGGUAAGCAAUGGAAGGGCCGCACUAUCUCAGGGCAAGUGAAGACUAAGGAUAGCCUUGUCCUAACUUUAGACGAGGGUAGUGUGGAUGAGAUCCCCUACGAUCAGAUUGAGUGGGGGUUAGAGAAGGAUGACAGCGUUGUGGGCCAGGGGAGGACUUACGCUGCUGUCGCGGCUGGAGGGAGGCCGCAAGGAGGAAGAGGCCAGGGCCAAGGGGGCCGGGCCUCAAGGAGUCGAUUUCAGGGCGAUCAGGGGGUUGGCGGCACAGGAGGAAACCGCCAAGUGGGAGGCAGGGGUCAAGGUCCCCCGCAAAACCGUCCUAGAAAUAGGUCUCCCUAUAGGGUAGGAGGAUGGCACCCAGGGCUACCUCAGGGUAGGCCUUGGGAAUCUUUGGGUCUGGACCAGGCUUUAUGGCAACAAUGAUUGGACCAGGGCCAGUGCAUUUUCUGCGGUGACCUGUGCCAUAUCAUCAAAUACUGUCCUAAGUAUCGCGAGACCUGAACGGCU